AAUGUAUAAUGCAUAAUAAUACCCUUUGAAGUUAUUCUAGUAGGUAACAAAACUACAGUGAAUACCAUUUGACAUUUUAUAGACAACCAUUAAAUGCCAAUUAUCAGAUAGAUUUAUAAUUUUAAGAAAGAAUGAAAAAAAAAACGAAUUUUUAGAGAAGAAGAAUAGUAAUAAAAUAAAUUGGAUUAUGGUAAAUCCCAAUUAAGGACGAUACUAAUUUAGCGUAAUCCUGAAAUUCAAUCAUCACCUACCAUCUUUCAUUCAUCACCAAAUUCAUCAACGAAUUAUGAACCUUCUUCAAUUCAUCGUCCCUUAGAAAUCCCAUGAAUUCCUCCUCCGCCGCUCCCUAUAUGUAUCCCGGCAGACAACAACAGGAACACCACCCGCCAUAGUAGUAGUCAGUAGUAGCGUGUGAGUGUGUGUAUUAUGAGCCGUAGCUCUCAGAAUUUGAAAGGAUUGUUCGUUCCCAGGCCUCCCCGUUAUUCUCCCGCUCUUCCUCCUCCUCCGCCGCAAUUCGGCGCUUACACCACCGCCUCUUCCUUCUUACUCCUCCGGAAAGCCAGUACUACCCUGGUCUCCUUCCUCAAGGGUUUUGCUUCUAAAACCCUUCGUUUCUUGUAUUCCUCUAUGGAGUAUCCCUCACCGUUCACCUUCCCCGGGGGCACCAACUACUCUUUUGAUCGUUAUGAAAACUCCUCUUCUUCGUCCCCCAUUGGAGAACCCCUCUUUUUGGUCUCCCUCAGGUGGUGGGAUGACGUCAAAGCCGCGGUGACCGGCGGGGAGAUUUUUGGAGUUCAGUAUAAUGUGACCUCCUCCGUCAGAAAGAAGAAGCUCGAUAAGAAUGGCUUUUCAGCGGCGGUGGAGUCGGAGAUUGUUCUUGGCAUGAACAGAGCAGACGAAGCUGCGAAUGGCACCGGUUAUGGGGAUGGAGAUCUUCAUAUUGCAUUGCUUCCUGAGUGGAUGUUUUUGAAAGCUUAUAAACGGCACAAUGAUGCAAAGGAUGCUGAAAAUCCGGGAGUGCUAGUGUACAUGCCAGAUUUGUUCUCCCUAAAAAUCCGGCUUUCGUUUUCAUGUACAACACAUUCAUUGCUUAUCAGGAUCAACCAAAAGGACAACGAGGAUAGAGCUUUUGAUCAGGCCGCCAGUAUUUUUGCCGUUGAGUCUGGCUUGUUUGAUAUUUGGGAUUUUUCGUCGGAGAUAAGCCAACUCUUUACAAUAGACAAGAAGUUGGUCAGAGAUCUGGAUCAGCCAGAAGCAGAGUUUCGGGACUUGCAAAUUUAUGGGCUUGUUGAGGCUAGAGAAUUUAGAAGGGAGAAGAUGAUGACGUAUCCAUCGACAACUAUAGCUCCCACUUUCAGAAAGUCAUUAACAAUUAAUGGGAAUGUGGACAAUUCAAUAUCUAAGCAGUUUGCUCGAGUUGAUGUUAGCCAUAAUACUACUUGUACUUUGGGCUUGACUGGAUUGUACAAUCUGAAGAAUACGUGUUUUAUGAAUAGCGUUAUCCAGUGUCUGGCUCAUACUUCAGAGCUUGUUGACUACUUCCUCGGAGAUUUCCGGAAAGAACUAAAUUUUGGUAAUCCCUUAGGAAUGAAUGGAAAGCUUGCACUAGCAUUUGGAGAAUUGGUGCGGAAACUUUGGACACCAGGAGCUAAACCUGUGGAUCCAUCGGAAUUGAAGUCUGUAAUAUCUGCCUUUGCACCUCAGUUCAGUGGAUAUAAUCAGCAUGAUUCGCAGGAAUUUCUUGCGUGUUUGCUGGAUGGGCUUCAUGAAGAUCUAAAUCGUGUGAAGAGCAAACCUUACAUUGAAUUGAAGGACAUUGACGGUCGUCCAGACGAUGAAGUUGCGGAGGAGCAUUGGCGAAAUCAUCUUCUUCGCAAUGAUUCCAUAAUUGUUGAUCUCUACCAAGGUCAAUACCGUUCGACAUUGGUGUGCCCUGUUUGCAAGGAGAAGUCUGUUACAUUUGAUCCAUUUAUGUACCUGUCUCUACCACUUCCUUCAGCAACCAUGAGGCAAAUAACAUUGACUAUUUUUAGCACGGAUGGGUCCACUUCUCCUUCUCCAGUAACCGUACCUGUUCCCAAAGAUGGACAACUGAAGGAUUUAGUUGAAGCCUUGUGUGUGACUUGUGCUGUACGGGAUGACGAGACAUUGUUAGUUGCUCAGGUUUUUGAAUCUCGCAUUGUUGGUAUUCUGGAGGAUCUUUCUGGCACAAUAGAUUUGAUUAGAGAUGAAGAUCAACUUGUAGCUUAUCGAUUGCCAAAAGAGAGUGAAGGGUCCUCUUUGGUUGUGUUUACUCAUGAGCGUAAAGAUAAGUUCCAGGUUCGCUCACUUUUCCCUGCCAAGAAGAGAUUUGGUGUUCCUCUGGUUUCUAGGAUAUAUAAUUUGUCUGAAGGUUCACAGAUACGAAAAGAGUACCUCAGGCUACUUCACCCAUUCAUACAACCUGAAAAAGAGGGUUACCAUGGAAAACUGAAUCAUACGAAUGGAGAUGUCACUACGAUGCUUAAUGGAGAUGGACAUGCAAGUACUGAAAUGAAAAGUGAAGCAGCUGGGGGCAACGAGUUUCAGUUUUACUAUGGUGGCGGUUUCUCAUCUGAAAAUUUUUGCAUUCGAAUGGAUGGAUCAAUUCUGUCAUCUACUGGCUUGCAGGUUCUUGUUUCCUGGCCAGAAAAAAUUGUCGAAGGUGAUUAUAAAUCUUUUCAAUCGAGUGUUCUCCCUCAAGUUCGCAGGCGUGAUUUUUACUCGAGUAAACCUCAAGAGUUCAUUCCUCUGUAUAAAUGUCUUGAUGCCUUCUUAACGGAUGAAUCUCUUGGGCCUGAAGACAUGUGGUAUUGUCCCAGUUGUGGAAGACAUCAGCAGGCCUGUAAAAAGUUAGACCUCUGGAGAUUACCCGAGAUAUUGGUUAUUCAUUUGAAAAGGUUCUCGUGUAGUCAAAAUUCGAAAGGCAAGAUUGAAACGCUUGUGGACUUUCCUAUUGAGGGUUUUGAUCUCUCUGAUCACAUGGAUUACAAAAACAGCAAAGUUUCUCAUUGUUACUCAUUGUAUGCUGUUAGUAAUCACUAUGGUAGCAUGGGCAUGGGCCAUUAUACAUCAUACGUGCGGCUUGGAGGAAACAAGUGGUAUGAAUUUAAUGACAUUGGUGUCACCCGGGUUGGCAGUGAUAAGAUAAAAACAGCAUCCGCUUAUGUUCUCUUCUACAGGAGGACUGAUCUUAACAAUAUUAACCAUUAGUUUAUUCUUUUGGGAAUCUGGAUCGCAGAGGUAGCUCCCAAGCUGAUUCCUGAUUGUUUGGCCCGCCAUUUUUAUGUUCAGAUGUUUAUUGAAGAGAGCGGUAGAAUCUAUUCCAUUGUACAUAAUUACAGAUGCAACAAGAGAAGUUGAUGACAGAUGACUUUUUGGAAGAGAUAGGAGGAGAUUCGCAUUAGAUAACUUUUGCAGGGUUAAGACUUUAGAAGGGAGAUGCAGAUAGUUUUAGCCUUUUAGGGCUUAGCAUUCUAGCAGUAGGCAUCAUUCUUUCCUGAAAAAAUAGCAGUAAUUUGCUAUUUUGAUUUGGGAUAUAUACUCUUAAAACAAUUGAUUAAUGGCAGGCUAGACAAUUGAAUUAUGUCUAUGCCUACCUUUUCGGCAUCCAAGUUUUCUUCUUUUACCUAUAGAUACGCUACAUUUACUGCCUCUUGCUCUGUCCCAAAAUGAUUGAUCUGUAGAAAAAUGUAUGAAUUUGUAUCAUAAUCAUAGACCAAUCUGCUGGGUGUAAUAAUAGUAUUUCGGUCGACCAUGAAUCCAGUUCUAUUAUAUUUUUUUAAGAAUUAAAUAUUAAUAAUUG